CUGAAACCAAAAUAUUUGUCUUCCACCAUUAAAAGCAACACAAAACACCUAAUAUAUUUUCUUUCAUGAAGAAGGCCUCUUCCUCCACAUCAUCAAAAAUGAAUCAUUGAGAUUUUGUUUUGUUUUCUGAUUGUAGUUUUCUGGUUUUAACGUUCCUUUUAGGUACUCUCCUUCCAUAUAUCUGCUGCUGUUGUCAAUCAUGGCUAACAAGAACAUUAGCUUGGAAGAAAUCAAGAAUGAGAACGUCGAUCUUGAACGCAUUCCUGUUGAAGAAGUAUUUGAACAGCUUAAAUGUUCAAAAGAUGGUUUAACGACUGAAGAGGGGGAGAACAGAAUCCAAAUUUUCGGUCCCAACAAGUUAGAGGAGAAGAAGGAAAGCAAACUUCUCAAAUUCUUGGGUUUUAUGUGGAAUCCUCUAUCAUGGGUUAUGGAGAUUGCUGCCAUCAUGGCCAUUGCUUUGGCUAAUGGAGGGGGGAAAGGCCCAGAUUUCCCAGACUUCAUUGGUAUUGCAGUGUUAUUGGUAAUUAACUCAACAAUCAGCUUCAUCGAAGAGAACAAUGCUGGUAACGCAGCAGCAGCUCUCAUGGCAAGUCUAGCUCCAAAAACAAAGGUAUUAAGGGAUGGAAGAUGGAGCGAACAAGAAGCAGCUAUCUUGGUACCAGGAGAUAUUAUUAGUAUCAAACUGGGUGAUAUUGUUCCAGCUGAUGCAAGAUUACUUGAAGGUGAUCCUUUAAAGAUUGAUCAAUCGGCACUCACCGGUGAAUCUUUACCUGUAACUAAGAACCCUGGUGAUGAAGUUUUCUCUGGUUCCACCUGUAAACAAGGUGAAAUUGAAGCCAUUGUUAUCGCUACUGGUGUUCAUACUUUCUUUGGUAAAGCUGCACAUCUUGUUGACAGUACCAACUCUGUUGGUCAUUUCCAAAAGGUGUUGACUGCCAUUGGUAAUUUCUGUAUCUGCUCAAUUGCAAUGGGAAUGGUGAUUGAGAUUAUUGUCAUGUACCCAAUUCAAAAAAGGAGAUACAGAGAUGGUAUUGAUAAUCUAUUGGUUUUACUCAUUGGAGGAAUUCCAAUUGCUAUGCCAACAGUCUUGUCAGUUACCAUGGCUAUUGGAUCACACAGACUUUCGGAACAAGGUGCUAUCACUAAGCGUAUGACCGCCAUUGAGGAAAUGGCUGGUAUGGAUGUUCUCUGCAGUGACAAAACUGGAACUUUGACCCUUAACAAGCUCACUGUUGACAAGAAUCUUAUUGAGGUUUUCUGCAAUGGUGUCGACAAAGAUGGUGUUGUUUUGAUUGCUGCAAUGGCUUCUAGGGUUGAAAACCAGGAUGCAAUCGAUGCUUCCAUCGUUGGUAUGUUAGGAGACCCAAAAGAAGCUAGAGCUGGAAUCACCGAAGUUCAUUUCCUACCAUUCAACCCAGUUGAAAAACGUACUGCCAUUACCUACAUUGAUGGCCAAGGAAACUGGCACCGAGCUAGCAAGGGUGCACCUGAACAAAUCAUUGAUCUCUGCAACCUAAAAGGGGAUGUCAGAAACAAAGCUCAUCAAAUCAUUGACAAGUUUGCCGAAAGAGGUCUUAGAUCUUUGGGUGUCGCAAAACAAACUGUCCCUGAAAAGACAAAGGAAAGUGCUGGAGCUCCUUGGGAAUUUGUUGGUCUCUUACCACUUUUCGACCCACCAAGGCACGACAGUGCUGAGACCAUUCGCCGUGCUCUCCACCUCGGGGUGAACGUCAAGAUGAUCACUGGUGACCAACUUGCUAUCGGUAAAGAAACCGGUCGUCGUCUUGGUAUGGGAACCAACAUGUACCCGUCAUCUUCCCUCCUUGGCCAAUCCAAAGACGAGUCUAUUGCUUCAAUUCCCAUUGAUGAACUCAUUGAGAAAGCCGAUGGGUUCGCUGGAGUCUUCCCAGAGCACAAAUAUGAGAUUGUGAAAAAAUUACAAGAAAGGAAACACAUUUGUGGUAUGACUGGAGAUGGUGUCAAUGAUGCACCUGCAUUGAAGAAAGCUGAUAUCGGGAUUGCGGUGGCUGAUGCAACUGACGCAGCUCGAGGCGCAUCCGACAUUGUACUGACGGAACCAGGAUUGAGUGUCAUCAUCAGUGCGGUGUUGACGAGCAGAGCUAUUUUCCAAAGAAUGAAAAAUUACACAAUCUACGCAGUUUCCAUCACAAUUAGAAUUGUUUUGGGUUUCUUGCUGAUCGCUUUGAUUUGGAAAUUUGACUUCUCACCUUUCAUGGUUCUCAUCAUUGCGAUUCUCAAUGAUGGAACUAUCAUGACUAUUUCCAAGGAUAGAGUUAAACCAUCUCCACUUCCAGAUUCAUGGAAACUCAAGGAAAUUUUCGCCACUGGAAUUGUUCUUGGUGCUUACCUCGCUGUCAUGACUGUUGUCUUCUUCUGGAUAGCCGCUGACACGGAUUUCUUCACUAAGAAAUUCGGUGUACAUUCAAUUAAUGGCAACAGAGAAGAACUCACCAUGGCUCUUUACUUACAAGUAAGUAUAGUGAGUCAGGCUUUGAUUUUUGUCACUCGAUCCCGAAGCUGGUCCUUUGUUGAACGACCUGGUUUGUUACUUGUGGGUGCUUUCUUGCUUGCUCAACUUGUUGCUUCUCUUAUCGCGGUGUAUGCAAACUGGGGGUUCGCCAAUGUUAAAGGAAUUGGAUGGGGAUGGGUAGCAGUGAUUUGGGUCUACAGUAUCAUCUUUUACUUCCCUCUUGAUGUUCUCAAGUUCAUUAUCAGAUACACAUUGAGUGGCAAAGCAUGGGACAAUAUGAUUGAGAACCGGACUGCUUUCACAAGUAAGAAAGAUUAUGGAAGGGGAGAGAGAGAAGCACAAUGGGCAUUGGCUCAACGCACACUCCAUGGCUUACAACCACCAGAGUCCCAAGCUCUGUUCCAAGACAAGAACAGUUACAGAGAGUUGUCCGAGAUUGCUGAGCAAGCUAAGAGGCGCGCUGAGGUUGCCAGGCUGAGGGAACUUCACACAUUGAAAGGACACGUUGAAUCAGUGGUGAAGCUAAAGGGACUUGACAUCGAGACCAUUCAACAACACUACACGGUGUAAGUGAGAAAGAGACACGGAAUGCUAGCAGCAGAUACAUGGAAGGAGAGAGCAAGGAGUAAUAUGCAACACAAUGACUGAAAAAAAUGUUUAAUCAUACUUUUAAUAAUUUUCUUGUGUUGGAGAUUCAAAUUUUUACAAUUUGCAUUGUAAUGGAAAUUUUAUAAAUAAAGAGAUGAAAUAAUAGCUUCUUCUGUUUUC